AAGAAACUUAAGAGAGUACGAAGAGUUCUUUUUCGUCACUGGAGCCUUAAGAUAUCAAGUCUGAGGAGGGGAAUCUGAAGAAUCUCAAGACAUAGCAGCGAGGAUACGCAACACUCACAGGUUGCCUUGUAAACAAAGUUUUUAUCAAGAGCUGUUUUCUGACAUGAUGUCCCAGCACGCAGCCUUGACCAGCCUGUUCAGCAAUGACCCUUUCUUUAGCCAAGAACGGCUGCUGUGGCCGCUCCACCAUGAGUCUCUCUCCUCGCUGCAGCAAGACUUCUUCAACAGGAGAGCCACACUGGCCAACAGCCUCCUGAAGGAGCUCACCGAUGGACCCAACUUGAUCAAACUUAGCCAGCUGCCCUUCAUUUCCUCCACUUUCUCCAGGGUGAGUGAUGGUAAAGAGCAGGUGAAAGACGCUCCCAGCUCAGAGGUGCAAAAGCAAGUUGUGCAGGCCACUGAAAACAAUGGUGACCUCCUGGUGACCCUAGAUGCACGCGGUUAUGCCCCCAACGACAUCACCGUCAAACUGGAGGGGCGCAGCCUGGCAGUGGUGGCCAUGAAGCAGGCAGGAGCAGAGGAGAGUCAGUCCUGUUCCUCCUCCUCCUCCAGAGCUUCCUUCUGCUCCUCAGCCGCCUCUCAGAUGGGAUUCGCCCAGAAGAUCGACUUGCCCCCCCAUUUAGAUCUGUCUGGCUUAUCCUGCUCCCUGAUGGACGAUGGACAGCUGCGUAUCCACGCCCCUGUGGCCAAACAGCCAACCACUGACGAGCGAGAGGUGCCUAUUCGGUUCAGGACAUCAUUGGAAUUUCCCAUCACCAAGGACAAGACAGAGGAGGACCACAAAAACUAAUACACACAUCACCUUAAUUAAAAUAUACAUGUUUUUAUGUUCACACACAUCCUUCCACUAAAAGACUAUCUACAAUGAGAUGAUUACAAGAUGAAGAGAUUAUUUAUUUUAUAAUUGUUUGUAAUUUGUAUAAUUUGAUGAAAUGAAAUAAAGUGAUUUUCAGA